AUGCCUCUGGUCAAGAGAAACAUUGAGCCUCGGCACCUGUGCCACGGUGCCGUGCCUGAUGGGAUUGGCAAUGAGCUGGAAUGUGUAACCAACAACACGCUGUCCGCCAUCAUCCGUCAGCUCAGCAGUCUGAGUAAGCAUGCAGAAAAUGUAUUUGGGGAGCUUUUUAAUGAAGCCAACACCUUUUAUGGGCGUGCAAACUCUCUUCAGGACCGUAUCGACCGCUUGGCAGUUAAGGUCACCCAGCUGGACUCCAGCGUGGAGGAGGUCUCCCUUCAGGACAUAAACAUGAGGAAAGCGUUCAAAAGCUCUGUUGUCCAGGACCAGCAGGUUUUGUCAAAGGGCAGCACUCCCAACUCUGUGGCCGACAUGUACAACAGCAGCAACAGGCCUCCUCCCCUCAGCACCCUCACCGCCUACAGAGAGGAUUCCACCGAUGCAAUGAAGUUCUACUCGGACCCGUCGUACUUUUUUGACUUGUGGAAGGAGAAGAUGCUUCAGGACACAGAGGACAAGAGGAAAGAAAGGAGGAGGCAGAGGGAGCAGAAACGAUGCGUGGAAAGCAGCACCCUUCAGCGUGAGGUGAAGAAGGUGAGAAAGGCUCGAAACCGCAGGCAGGAGUGGAACAUGAUGGCGUUCGAUAAAGAGCUUCGUCCUGAUCACCACCAUCCUCAGACUCUCCGGAGAGGAGCGUCGUCUGAAGGCUCGCUCUCUCCAGAUGGCAGGCCUGACCUCCUCGACUACCCGAUCCCUCCAGUGCCUGCCCAUGCUGCUUGUAACUAUGCCAAGUCUCAUGAUUAUGUUCCUGGGAACUCAGAACCCUCGCCACCUGUGGAGCAUGAAUACCACAGCAUUGAUGUCAACUACAAGAGAGUAACCUACGCCGCUGCAGAGCUGCACGCUGCAGACCGAAUGAACGGUUCGAUUCGUCUCGCUGCAGAUCACAACUCUGUACCCCCACCUCCUGCCCCAGGCCCACCAAUCCCAUCAGCUCAGACGGCCUUUGGUUUUCCUCUCGGCGCGCUACCUCCAACGCCACAUAAUGGAGUUUUGCAUGUAGGCCCAGGCUACCCGCUCCCACCACUACCUCCUCCGGGGCCGCGCAUGAUCCCUCCUCCCCCGGGUCCCCCGCCUCCUCCUCUCCCUCCCCCAGCUGCACCCUCACACCUACACAGUGAAGGAAGCAGAGCUGAGAUGAAACCUGUGAGGGAUGCGAGAAGUGACCUGCUGUCCGCCAUCCGCAUGGGAAUCCAGCUGAAGAAAGUCCAAGAGCAGCAGGAACAGCAGAACAAGCGGGAGCCGGUGGGGAACGACGUGGCCACCAUUCUUUCCCGGCGCAUUGCGGUCGAGUACAGUGACUCUGAGGAUGAUUCUGAACUCGAUGAAAAUGAGUGGUCAGACUGACCAACUUGCUUUAUUGGAUCUUCAGUACACGGAAAACCAACCUGUGAAUCUCUCUAUUUGGCUCCAUCUAGUGGACUCUAUAUAACAAGCCAUUCUGCUCUGCCACUUUAAUAUUUAAUGAAGAAAUGUAAUAACUACAUAGUUUGCAACACUGCUCAGAAACAGGUAAAUAUUCUGAAUCUACUGUGCACAAAUUUUAAAAAGAUGAUUGAUUUUAUGACCAUCAAAUGUUCAGUUUUGUACCACUGUU